AUGGGCUUUGUGGACUCAUGCACCACCUACAUUGGUGCAUACCGGUCAGAAUUCUUGCUGGAUGGAACAAAAAUCCUCUUCAUCCUCUCCUACCUCCGCAACAAGGCUGGCACAAGCUGCGCCGCCUCAAGAUGGGCAAUGAACUGGAAGCAGUGCAACUUCGAAAGCGUUAAUGGAGUAAAGGCUGUGGUCACCUUGGUGACCUUCUUGGAGGAGCUUCAGAGGGCCUUUGGGGACUCCAAUGCAGAGCAAGUUGCCGCCGCUUGA